AAAAUAACCUAUUUUUAAUACUUAAAAAUGAAGGGCUUCAUUGAAUGGUUGAUUGCAGUUCUUGCUUGCUGCUCUGUGACCAAGAUACAAGGUCAAUAUAUAGAUCCAGAACAUGUGGAGCAAGAACAUAGCAAAGAACUCGAGUACGUGGAAUCCCCAGAAGCGUUUUCUUUCAACCAAAAGCUAUUAAGUCGAGUACAGUUUGAACUGGACACGCAGUUACAUAUUAACACAAAUUUAAGGUCAAUGGUAAGACAGCGUGUUUUGUUUUUAAAUAAUAUUACCCAAAGAGCAAACGAAGCCAUGCAAAAUUGGACUAAUACGAGGAAUGCAGUGAUGAAAGCCCGGCAACUAUUUUCCCAAAAGAAAAUCAAAGUCGAUCAUAGUUGGCUCUUGAUGGAGCGAUGCCAAAACGCGCGGCAUCGCGUUGAAAAGGUUCACCGAAUUGCCGAUACUAUAGCCGACAAAAAGGCUGAGGGACUCCAUCCCGUGGCGAGAAGGCAUUUUCUAAUGAAGUAUCUAAGGCUUCUGGAGCAUUUCGAAGACCAGGUAGAACAAGAAACCCGUGCUGGUAUGGGGUUGUCCAGGAAGCGUAGAACCCGAAAACCUGAAGACCCCGUUUAA